AAUACGAAAACCAUGUUAUAUUCACUCAUUUAAAGUGAGCGAUAAAACUGAUUGGGCCUUUCUCAGAAUAAUGCAAUAGCCAUCAAAUUGAAUUUUGAAAUAUAAAUUGGGGACCAAAAUCAUGCGCGAUCAACUUUUUCGACGAAGGGGCAACACAUUCCUUCCAUAGUUCCAGCAUCCAGUUGCCGCGAAACGCGACACCCUUACGGAUCGCCCUAACGUCUAUCCAAAGCUCACGUGUUGAAUCACGUGCGUUUCGAUCACAAUUUAUGUGGUUUGCGGGAGUGAAUUAGGAUCAAAUUUUCAUGUGGCUUCUCAAUUCUCGCUUCAGGAAUGGGAAGAAAUAAGCUAAAUCAUUGGAAGCUAGUUCUUCUAGUGGCGGCUUGUGUUUCACCUUUAACUGGUAUUGAAGCGUAUCAACCGGAAUUUGCUGAGCCAAUAAGAAAUAUAUCAGCCGCAGUAGGCCGAGAUGCAUUCUUUCAGUGUAUCGUGCAUCACCUCGGAGGUUAUAGGGUCGGAUGGGUGAAAGCUGACACGAAAGCCAUUCAAGCAAUUCACGACCACGUCAUAACGCACAAUCCCAGGGUAUCGGUGUCCCAUAAUAAUCACGUAGCCUGGAACUUAAUUAUCAAGAAUAUUCAGGAAGAAGAUCGAGGGCAAUACAUGUGUCAAAUUAACACCGAUCCUAUGAAAAGCCAGUAAAAUCGUAUGAAGGUGAGACGCUGCAACUGUGGAAGAUAUCCCGAACGGAAAUGGGUGCUUACAUGUGCAUCGCAUCCAAUGGCGUUCCUCCGAGCGUCAGUAAAAGGAUCAUGGUUCACGUGCACUUUCAUCCAGUAAUUCAUGUUCCUAAUCAGUUGGUCGGUGCCCCGCUGGGAACAGAUGUCCUUUUAGAAUGUUUUGUGGAAGCAUUUCCUAAAUCGAUCAACUACUGGGUUCGUAAUACAGGUGAAAUGAUAGUGUCCAGUACAAAAUAUGACGUGAAAGUUAUAAACAGAUCAGCGUUCGAAGUGAAAAUGCUGGUAGUUAUCAGAAGCCUACAAGCGGAAGACUAUGGUGCCUACAGAUGCAUCGCUAAGAACUCAUUGGGAGAAGUUGAAAGCAGCACUCGCUUAUACGAAAUUCCUGGGCCAACUAACACCUACUCCGUAUCAAUUGACGAAGAAGACUACAACGAUCAACUCGGUUCAGCGGAAAAAGAUCAAGACGACGAUUUUUUAAUUAACGCACAAGUUAACGGUAAAUCACUAGGGUUGUCCACUUUGGAACCACCAAAGAAAAGUACGCAUUCGUCUGAAAGAAGUAAUCACGUAAUUGAAAAUGGCGUAUCAAGGCCAGAUUGUAAAAGAACCUACAUGAGACUCUUUCUCAUAGCGUGGAUGAUAAUAAUCCAUAAAUUCAACAAUUCAGGAAUAUGAUUGACCUUUGCAAGUACGAUUGAUAGUUUGACAAUAAGCGAGUUGAUAUUCGAAUGAUAAAUGUCGGCGUCAUAUUACGUCUAAGAGCUGUGUUGGUAGUGCUGCUGGUAUUUUUUCUCUUGCGUCAUUUUUUUUAGUUUUCUUAAAUUAGUAAAUGCUUACAGUUUAAAGUGGCCUAUACCUAUAACGUAUUUUACACGCAUUUAAGUAAAGUUUCCGCUGAAUCAAUUAGAGUGCCUAAUUAAUAGUUUAUAAUAGUUCUAAUCAUUAAAAAGUUAAUUCUGAAAUAUUUUUACCUCUAAUGAAAUGAGUUGCUAAAUCAAGCACUUUGGAACACUUUUGUACGUAUAUAGAUAUAUGCGGGAUGUAAAUAGAAAGUCAAUACUACAAUAUGUAAAUUUGAAUAUAGGAUGUUAGCAUUUUAGACUGAGCGCAAAUUUUCAUAGCAAAAGUUUGACUGGAUGGAUUUGCAAAUCCGAAUAGCUUUGCAAUUUUUAUGGAAAUUUCUUAAAACUAGAACUGAAACUCGAACUUAAUGCUAAAUUUAGCAUUCAAACAUCUUAUUUUGAACUUAUAGAUUUUCGCUUUACUUGGCUCACAAAUACGGCAAAGAUUGUACAUAUCAAUGAUUACCAUCUUUAUAACUCGUAUUCAAUGAUUUUCAAAAUUGUUACGCAAAGAAUUUAACCCGUGGGUUCUUUGUUUUCCGGUUAGUUCAUUUGUUUCCAUAAUCUUUGAAUGGAAAUAUUGCCAUCUUGCGUAGGCUUCCCAUUUUAAAAAUAUUAUACGUAGAGGAAAUAAGAAUUUAAGUAGUGUAUUUGUUUGCCAUACGUCGCAUAAAAAGAGUUUCUAAUAAACAGGACCUAACCUGACACGAAACGAAUGAUAAUAACAGUCAGUGACUAGAUAUUCAUCUGAAGUUGUUGAUGGGGUUUUAAAUCGUCGGAAUAUGUUGGUAUUUUAUCUAAAUCAAAAACGUUAAACAUAAGUAUGUAGAACGGGUAUUGCCAAUUGUUCUUAGACAUGUUUCUUUGCUAACGCCGAAAUAAAUCUCCGAAACGGUAGCCAUGUCUGUUACUUCUUCUUAUUCCUCGGGUUUUUUCAUUCUUGUCCUCGAGUAUAUUUUUUAAAAUGAUCGGGAUAUGUCUUGCUUAAAGGCGCUAUGUUUACUGUUCGUAGAAGGUUCUCGAUUGUGGCAUGUU